CCUCAGGCCGAGCCAUGGCGUGGGCGCUGGUCCUGGCGCUCUGCAAGUGGGCGCUGGCCCCCGCGGGCGCGCUGGACGCCAUGGGCCCUCACGCUGCAGUCCGCCUGUCGGAGCUGCUGACCCCGGAGGAGUGCAGCCACUUCCGAUCGCUCCUCGAGGCGCCCGAGCCCGACGUGGACGCCGAGUUCGCCCGGCUCUCUGAGGACUGGCUGGCCCGGCCCAAGCCGCCCACAACCUCUCCUGGAGCGCAGGGCACCGUGGGGCAACGGCGGCGGGCGGCAGCCGGGCAGCCGUCGGAGGGACGGGAGGACGCUGGACUGGAGUCUAGCGAGGUGUCCGACGGCUGCCGCGAGGCGCUGGCGUCCUGGUUGGCCGCCAAGGCCCCGGCCCUGUCGUGGGACCGCGUGGCCCGGGCCCUACGGCGCAGCGGCCGCCCCGACGUGGCGCGGGAGCUGGCCAAGAACCUCCACCAGCAGGCGACGUUGCAGCUGCGCAGGUCGGGUGCGAACUACGUGCAGCCGCCGGUGGCCCCGGCCCCCGCCCCGGCCCCCGCCCCGGCCCCGCGCGAACGUCGCUCCGCGGCCUCCGUGCCCUCCUGGGACGAUCUCGAGCUGAUCGUGGAGCGCCUGCCGCAGCCCCCGUACACGCGAAGCCCAGCAGCCUGGGUCCGGCCGCUGGCGCUCGGGCUCCUUGCCGGCUUCGUGGGCGCACUGGGCACUGGGGCGAUGAUCACUGUGCUCACGCUGUGGAUCACCGGCGGCGACGGAGACCCCGUGCGGCCUUGCGCCCCCGGCCCGCCCAGGCCGGCCCCCGCUCCCGGCGGCUGGGAAGCAGAGCCGCUCCUGCCCCCGGCCUGGGCGCCGCAGGGACCCUCCUCCCACGGCCUGCCACUGUGAACCCCGAGCAGCGCCCCCACAGCAGCCGCCCCACUAUAAAGUUUCCAGAGGCUGUGGAGGGCGCAGUCUGCCGCCGAGUGGAUGGAAACCGGCGUCCUGGGCCUCGGGAGCCGGCCAGGGGUCCCCAGCGCUGCCCAGCGCCCGCCCGCCGAGCCACGCUUUUGGACACACUCUUGUAUCCAUUCCGUGCCAGGAAGCUGCUCACCACUCCGUAAGGGGCGCGGUGGGGACUCUUGAACCCAGAACUGACUGGCCAGUCUGCGCCCCACAGGCCGCUGGGGUGUGCCGCACCACUCCUCUUGAAGGCCCAGCGGGAACCUGGCACCUGCCCUGCCCACCUCUGAAGGAUGAGCCAAGCCCUGGAGAACCUGUAGCCAGACAGUCCUAAGGCCAGGGGCUUGGGACGAAAGCCGUGACAGAAUGACAAGCCAGUCCAAGAGGAGAGUUGAAAACAAGAUUGACGUAACCCUUUAUUGCAAAUUCUAAAGUAAAAAGAUGUACAGUACAAAGUAAAAUUGAAAAUUCAGACUAUAAACUUCCAAUCCGCUUAUACAUUCUCAUUUCUCAAGCAUUUCUGCCAUUUCCGCAUAAACAGAACGGGGACGAGUCGAGGCGGGAAGGAAAGAGAUACAGCAUGGGGAAAAAAAAUUGUAAGAAUCACGAACCCCAGAAGCAAGUGCAAGGAAAGACAUUUCUCGACCUGCUGUCCUGGUGAUGAGAAGCAGGGAUGGGCUGGAGCAGUGCAGUUUAAAACGGCUCUCAGAAUAGCAGCGUUUAUGGUACCAGUUCAUCUUCCUCAAGUCCACAGUAUGCUUUGCCCUUCCCUGGCGCCUUGGUCUCUGUAUCUCAGAUCGCUUUACAAAACACCUAGUUAAAGCCUCACAACACCCCUGUGAGGUAGGUCAGUAU